AGCGCGCAGUCGUUGCUCUGCAUUGGGCUGUCGCAGAAACCAAAAAAGAUUGAGAGUCUGGCUCUCCUCUUCCCCUCAUCUUUUCGCAUUUCCGUUGCCUCUCCCUCAAGUUGUUGUUAUCGUCGUACCUUCAUUCCAAAGUCGCAUCACAAACAGGUGUCUAUGCUUCGUGAGAUUUGUACGGCUAGCAGUAUAUCUUUCUGAGGAAAAAGGAAUGGAACGAAUGUUGACUAGCAGAGGAUGCUAUGGUGAUAAAUUCACGGGAAUUACGUCAAAUUGCUAGACUACCGGCGCGGUCUGGUGGUCAGCAGCAACAGCAGCAAUGGCCUUCCGGAACAAGCAUGGACCUCUGGCCAUCAUCGCAACAGCAGCAGCAGCCGCAACAACAGCAGCAGGCGCAACAGCAGCAGGCGCAACAGCAGCAGGCGCAACAGCAGCAGGCGCAACAGCAGCAGGCGCAACAGCAGCAGUCGCAACAGGAGCAGUCGCAACAGCAGCAGUCGCAACUACAGCAGAAGGCGCAACAACAGCAGAAGGCGCAACAACAGCAGCAGGCGCAACAACAGCAGAAGGCGCAACAACAGCAGAAGGCGCAACAACAGCAGAAGGCGCAACAACAGCAGAAGGCGCAACAACAGCAGAAGGCGCAACAACAGCAGAAGGCGCAACAAAAGCAGCAGGCGCAACAACAGCAGCAGGCACGACAACAGCAGCAGGCGCGACAACAGCAGCAGGCGCAACUACGGCAGCAGUGGCAACAACAGCAGCAGGUGCAACAACAGCAGAAGGCGCAACAACAGCAGCUGGCGCAACAACAGCAGCAGGCGCGACAACAGCGGCAUGUGCUACAACAGCAGAAGGCGCGACUACAGAAGGAGGCGCGACUACAGAAGGAGGCGCAACAACAGAAGGAGGCGCAACAACAGCAGCAGGUGCAACAACAACAGCAGGCGCAACAACCUCAGCAGCAGGCGCAACAACCUCAGCAGCAGGCGCAACUACAGCAGCAGGCGCAACUACAGCAGCAGGCGCAACUACAGCAGCAGGCGCAACAACAGCAGCAGGCGCAACAACCUCAGCAGCUUCAGCAACCUGCCUUACCGCCGGCAGCGAUUGGCAGCAAUCUACACCGGUCACAAUAUGGUAAGACGUCAAGGGCAUCCUACCCUAGUGGAUCCAGUGGCGCAGCAGUAUACACUGAUACGAGAUCGCCGUACCAUCGCUUUGGCCACACACCGGUGCAGCAAGGUCACACAUCAUACUCUGGAUCUUCGGUGAAGGCAAUGUCGGGACACCAGAGCAGUAUAUUUGGUAACUACAUGUUACCUGGAAUGGAUGCCACUGGCACUCUCCACUACGGCAACACAGCGCUGUCUGAUCCGGGCAGCACAGGAAGGGGUAAAAUGCAUCCUGGCAGCAUGCCACAACCCAGCAAGACUGCAUCGGCGACAAGCAGCAGCUCUGUUACCAUGCCGCUAAUGGCCGCCAGCAUGGCGUUUGGCAGUGGCGAUGGCAGCGUGGUGAGCAGUGCCAUUGGAGGCACCCCUGACAGAACAUCACCGUGCGACAAGAUUUCACAGCAUGCAGAAUUAGAACCUCCACUCGUCCGGGGUCGGCUGGAACAAGCGAUGCUGUCAAGAGAAAAGCUGCAUAAAACGCUCAAGGCGCACAAACGUCAACAGCAGCAAUUACAGGCUGAAAUGGAUGCUAAAGAUUUAGAAAUUCAAAAUCUCAAGGAACAAUUGGGGCUCGGGCCGGAUGAAAAAUUGAAGGACCUGAAACCUGAAGAGCAGCAAUUACGGGCUGCCGACGUGAACCAGAGAGCAGACAUUGACGGACAAACGUCUUCAGCGGCACUGAAGGAAAGAGCGCAACACAAAGCUGCUCGUGAGAAGAAGCGAAAGGAGCAACUCCCCCAGUCUUCUGUACAGAUGUCUGGUGACGACAUGCUACCGGGAAUGGGUGCCACUGGCACUCUCUACCCCGGCGACACAGCACAGUCUUAUCCGGGCAGCACAGGAAGGGGUAGAAUGCAUCCUGGCAGCAUGCCACAACCCAGCAUGACUGCAUCGGCAACCAACAGCAGCUCUGUUACCAUGCCGCUAAUGGCCGCCAGCAUGGCGUUUGGCAGUGGCGAUGGCAGCGUGGUGAGCAGUGCCAUUGGAGGCACCCCUGACAGAACAUCACCGUGCGACAAGAUUUCACAGCGUGCAGAAUUAGAACCUCCACUCGUCCAGGGUCAGCUGGAAAAAGCGAGGCUGUCGGGAGAAAACCAGCAUGAAAGGCGCAAGGACUACAAACGUGAACAGCAGCAAUUACAGGCUAAAAUGGAUGCUCAAGAUUUAGAAAUUAAAAGUCUCAAGGAACAAUUGGGGCUCGGGCCGGAUGAAAAAUUGAAGGACCUGAAACCUGAAGAGCAGCAAUUACGGGCUGCCGACGUGAACCAGAGAGCAGACAUUGACGGACAAACGUCUUCAGCGGCACUGAAGGAAAGAGCGCAACACAAAGCUGCUCGUGAGAAGAAGCGAAAGGAGCAACUCCCCCAGAUGUUUGGUGACGACAUGCUACCGGGAAUGGGUGCCACUGGCACUCUCUACUCCGGCGACACAGCGCAGUCUUAUCCUGGCAGCACAGGAAGAGGUAGAAAUACUAGAAUGCAUCCUAGAAGCAUGCCAAAACCCGGCAUGACUGCAUCGGCGACCAACAGCAGCUCCGUUACCAUGCCGUUGAUGGCCGCCACCAUGGCGGUUGGCGGUGGCGAUGGCAGCGUGGUGAGCAGUGCCAUUGGAGGCACCCCCGACAGAACAUCACCGUCGGACAAGUUGAAGGAACGGCAGAAACGAUUCAAACGAGAACGAGUUCUGGCAUACAAGGAGCUAGGUAGAAGUUUACCUGACCACUUAACUGGCAAGAAAGUGGAAACGGAGAAAACGAAGCUCACCAUACUUCAAGAAGCGGUUCAGGUUAUUUAUGCUCUCGAAGACAAGAUCAUAAGCCAAAACAUGGACACCGGGGCUGAAUCCGUGAAGUGGCGUGAGGAAGAGAAGUCCAGGAACCGGGGAAUUAGCUUUGCCUCUGGCGGUGCUGGUCAGCUUGAGGACGACUACGAUGGUGACAGUUCCGACGGUGGACAGGGAAAAUAAAUAUUCAAAUCCAAUGACAUUGAGGUAAAAUGUAUGUUCCAUGACAGUGUGCCUGCUGCCGUAUCGUGAGUCGGUGGUCUCCCCGAGAGGCUGCUGUGCCUCGGACUGAGUAAGAAUAUCUGGGCUGCUGGCUGCAGAUGCGCGGACAUGAUGUGAAUGUCGAUGCUAUGAACAAGAUGAGCUCGUUGAGCUGUUGACUAUUUCAAAAUCGCGUGCGGCACCUCUGGAAGAAUGCUGUUGAGUGGCCUGUGGACCAAAUCAAGACUCACCACCAUCACUAAGGCACAUUCAGAGAAUAAUGCAAGAGAUUUGGACCUUUGAAACUCUGCAAUUUCUCAUUUGAUUUUUGUGAUGUUGUGGUUUGUCCAGUGGUUUGUCCCGUGUUUCGUCCAGUGUUUGGUCCAGUGUUUUUGUGCAGUGUUUUUGUGCAGUGUUUUGUCCAGUGUUUCGUCCAGUGUUUGGUCCAGUGUUUUUGUCCAGUGUUUUGUCCAGUGUUUGGUCCAGUUUUUUUUUUAGUGUUUGGUCCAGUGCGUGUGUGCUCCAGCAAUGCUUGUUCUCCAAGCUGGUAUCUUCCUAUUGCUGCUGCUGCUCUCAAGAAAUGCUUCAUGUAAAUAAAAAAUAAUAAUAAUAAUCAGUUGCCUGGUUUCUAUGCAACUAACUCA